AUGAAUGAGGCCGAGGGCUCUUUCCCACUUAAUAGAUUCAUUCCUUCGUUACGGCGGUUGAGGGUACCUGCCGUUCAGAGAUGCUAUCAGAGUAGGAAAGUUAGCCAAGUUAUCCUGCCUAGUUUAGAUAAAGCACCCCUUAUCGCCCCACGGCAUCUGUCUCUUCUUGAAAUUCACAAGAUGUUAAACCUUGUACGGGAAACAGUCAAUAGGCUCAGGCCUUUUGAGGUAGAUGAGGCUUCUUAUCAGAAGGAGAGAUAUCCGAAGUUUUUUGUUAGAUUAAAAAGAAAAUCACACCUGAUAAUGGAACUUUGGGAAAGACGAGAGGAAAUUGACAAGCUUAUGACGGAGGAUAACCCAGAAUAUGCUAAGUGCAAGGACUUCGACUGUAGUGAGAUCUAUGAAAAGUAUGGUAAAUUGUUUGGCGACACUCGCGAUUCAAUGAAGUAUGUGUUGUCCCCAACAAAGCUGUCACAAAUAGUGACAGGACAGAGGCGACUGAUAGUGACAAAGAGGACGGAGGAGACAAGUUGCCCAUCAACACGGAAACAACGGAUUCCAGCAAUAGCCCCGUCAAAGAUAGAGUCAUCAGAGCAUUCUUUCUUGGCAAUAUUGUUGCUACCCAUCAAUGUGGGACGAAUUGCGUAUGCAGUCGAACCAACAGCAGCCACCACAGCCAGAACCGGAGCUGGAGGAGAACCGGUCCUUGAAUUUUACGUACAUGACAUUCUAGGAGGCAGUAACCCUACAGCCAGACCAAUCACUGGCAUGUUAGGCAACAUUUAUACUGGGCAGGUGCCCUUUGCUAGACCUAUUAGUUUUCUUCCCCCCAAAGAAUGGUUGGCUAUACCUAAUGCUAAUGGUGCAAUCCCAACAGUGAAUCCUAAUGGCAUUCCUGUAGGAACUGGCUUAGCCGGGACGGCUUUCGUCGGAGUUCCCAUUGUCUGCAAUAGCUAG